CUCUCAGAAGACUUCGCUUGAUACAGCAUUGCAACUUUUUUUGAGUAGGUUGGUUUCGAUUGCAAAUCUUUCCUCUCUCUUGCAAUUACCUACACGUAUAUCAGCGCCGGUAUGGCCGCCCGUCGUGCUCUCGCACGUAUCCCAGCGCUAUCGGCUCGCUCGUCGCUUCCUCGCGCAGCUCCUCUCUGCACCAGAAUGUCGUCGCCCGCCAGCUUGAACAAGAUUGCCGCGAGACGGUUGCACGCUACAGCUCAGCAUCUGAAGCCAGCAGCUGCCGCCGCCCAAUCGUAUCCCACGAGCCACGAGCCCAUCCAGUCUCCCGAAGACACGCCGUACUUCCUCGACAACAAAUUCGUGGCUUCGAAUGCGACACAAUGGAUUGAGUUGAAGGACCCUGCUACAAACAACCUGGUCACCCGCGUUCCCCAAAGUACAGACGAGGAGCUCAGGGCCGCGGUAGACAGUGCAGAGAAGGCGUUCAAGCCAUGGAAGGAGACCAGCGUGCUCUUCCGACAACAGAUCAUGUUCAAGUACACCGCUUUGAUCCGCGAGAACUGGGACAGGCUGGCUGCUAGCAUCACACUUGAGCAGGGCAAGACCUUUGCCGACGCGAGGGGAGAUGUCCUCCGAGGUCUUCAGGUUGCGGAGAACGCUUGUGGCAUUCCCAUGCAGAUGACUGGCGAGGUGCUCGAGGUUGCAAAGGACAUGGAGACGCGCAGCUACAGGGAGCCAUUGGGUGUCAUUGCAGCUAUCUGCCCCUUCAACUUCCCCGCCAUGAUUCCCCUCUGGACUAUCCCCAUCGCCACCGUCACUGGCAACACCUGCAUUAUCAAGCCAUCAGAGCGCGACCCCGGUGCGUGCAUGAUUCUGGCUGAGCUUGCCGAGAAGGCUGGGUUCCCUCCUGGUGUCCUCAACAUCGUCCAUGGGUCCGCCAAGACCGUCGACUUUAUUCUCGACGAGCCGCGCAUCAAGGCUAUCAGCUUUGUCGGAAGCAACAAGGCGGGAGAGUACAUAUACUCUCGCGCCUCGGCAAACGGCAAGCGAGUCCAGGCCAACCUGGGUGCGAAGAACCACGCUGCCGUCCUCCCCGACUGCAACAAGAACCACACCCUGAACUCGAUUGCCGGUGCUGCUUUCGGUGCUGCUGGUCAGCGAUGCAUGGCUCUCAGCACGCUGGUCAUGGUCGGCGAGACCAAGGAAUGGAUCCCUGAGCUUGCUGAGCGUGCUAAGGCUCUGAAGAUGGAUGGUGGCUUCGAGGAGGGUGCGGACCUUGGGCCCGUUAUCAGCCCAGAGUCGAAGAAGAGGAUUGAGGAUCUGAUCGCCAGUGCCGAGGAAGAGGGCGCGACUAUUCUUCUUGAUGGUCGUGGCCAGAAGCCUUCUUCUGAGAAGUAUGCUGAUGGCAACUGGGUCGGUCCCACCAUCAUCUCCAACGUUAAGCCCCACAUGAAGUGCUACACCGAGGAGAUCUUUGGCCCCGUUCUCGUCUGCCUGAACGUCGAGACCGUUGACGAGGCCAUUGACAUGAUCAACGCCAACGAAUACGGCAACGGAACCGCUAUCUUUACCCGCUCGGGCGCUACAGCAGGUCGCUUCCAGCGCGAGAUCGAGGCCGGUCAGGUUGGCAUCAACGUCCCCAUCCCUGUCCCUCUCCCCAUGUUCUCCUUCACUGGUAACAAGAAGUCUGUUGCCGGCGGCGGUGCAAACACUUUCUACGGCAAGCCUGGUCUCCAGUUCUACACACAGCAGAAGACGGUAACAAGCCUGUGGAGGAGUGAGGAUGCUUUGGCGACCAAGGCGUCUGUGAACAUGCCCACGCACAGCUAGAUGUUAAUAUGAAUAAUAAGCUUUGUUCUACGUUUUGCUGGCCUGCAAGUGGAGCCGCGAUGGCGCCAAGCAUGCUGUAUCCGAGACAUGUACGAUGAUGAUGAGGCUGCCGUCAAACAAACCCAUGUACGGAAAUCAAUAUCUAUCAGUGCAUUGCAUGCUAUCAAUCAGAUUGAGUGUGGCAGGGAUUGGUGGGUGAUUCUCUAUCAGUGCAGCACUCGGUUAUCGCAGGUGGACGC